ACAAAACAAAUAAGUUGAAGAAAAUCUAGGAGAAGAAGACCAUCGUUUAAUUUCCAUAGGCCAGAAAAGAAAGCAAAAUAUUCUGUAUAAUUUUCAUUUUCGAUUAAAAAAAUAAUUGUGAAUACCUCCCAAGACGAAACUCUCACUUUAGCCCGAAAUAAAACCAACACGUCACACCCGAAAAUGCUCAAAACCUUAGCCACCAUCUCCACCACUUCACCACUCAUCUCCACCGCCAUAACCACCCCUAAACUCUCUCUCUCUAAGCCCUUCUUUUCUCUCUCUAAACUCCAAAACAAACUCACCUCCCCCUUCCCACAAACCCACAGACCCAUCUCUUUCAACAAGCCCCAAAUGAACCUCCUCAACAAGCUCGGCUUCGGCCCAAAGACCUCCGACCCCACCUCCGAUUCUUCCUCCAUCCCUCUGGGCCCAGACGACGACGUUCCGGCGCCAGGUCAGCAGUUCGCCCAGUUUGGAGCCGGGUGCUUCUGGGGUGUCGAGUUGGCCUUUCAGCGAAUACCUGGCGUGACCAAGACGGAGGUUGGGUACACCCAAGGGUUCUUGCACAACCCGACUUACGAGGACGUGUGUACGGGCACCACCAAGCACUCUGAGGUCGUGAGAGUGCAAUACGAUCCUAAAGAGUGUAACUUUGAGACUCUGCUUGAUCUCUUCUGGUCCAGGCAUGACCCCACCACGCUCAAUCGCCAGGGGAAUGAUGUGGGAACACAGUACAGAUCUGGAAUAUACUUCUAUACACCUGAGCAAGAGAAGGCAGCACAAGAAUCCUUGGAACAACACCAGAAGAAAAUGAACCGGAAGAUUGUUACAGAAAUUCUUCCGGCCAAGAAGUUCUACCGAGCAGAAGAGUAUCAUCAGCAGUACCUUGCUAAAGGGGGCCGUUUUGGUUUUAAGCAAUCUACUGAGAAAGGAUGCAAUGAUCCAAUCCGAUGCUAUGGCUAAUUUAUUUGCUACUGCCUUGAAAGUAAAACCGUACAAGCCAUACCCGGUAUUGUUCGUAGGUUGGUGCUUUUGUCCAUAUGGGUGACUUGUAACUAGCUUUUACAUACUCUGUCUAGUUAAGUAUGCAUGGUGUAUCCAUGUUGUGAGCUUGGAUUUGUAAUAAAUUGUAGUGUUGUCAUCUACCACCAUUGGAAAAUUUGGAACCGAGCUGUUGUCUCCACUGUUUUGUUUUAGUUCUGUCUGGCAAUUCGUGUUGUUGGCACUGUUACCUGUUCCAGGUAGUCCUCUGGUUUAUUAUUAUUAGGACCAAAGCUAUGCAAUCUUUUCUCUGCAAGUCAAACUAAUAGCACCAAUUGUCUUGUUGCAUUA